CGGAGAUUGGAGAGUGGGAUCGGGAAUGGAAGACGAAGGCCGCGGAUUCGGGCAUCCUUUCCUCUGCGGGCGAAGGAUGCGCGAAGACGGUCGAGAGAUAGGCCGCAUGCCCUGGGAGACGAGGAAAGCCCGCCGAGCGCCGCGAUCGACGACCUCAACGUCACCGAUCACGAGUACUGCUUACGUGUCGCACGGAAUGCGAGUGGUGAUGCGGAUUUCUGGCACGAGUUCCUCGAGUGCAUGUUGGGUCCCAAGACCCUCCCGUUGCACAGCCUCCUCCCCAUCACGGUCAUCUACGUCAUCCUCUUCCUCACGGGGAUCGUGGGGAACGUGUGCACGUGCAUCGUGAUCGCCAGGCGGAGCUACAUGCACACCGCCACCAACUUCUACCUCUUCAACCUAGCCGUGGCCGACAUGCUCUGCCUACUCAUCGCGAUGCCGAUGGAGCUGUUCACCUUGUGGCAACAAUACCCUUGGAUCUUCGGCGAACGGAUGUGCCGCGUCCGAGGAGUCGUGACGGAGACUCCCGGCUACGCCUCCAUCCUCACCAUCGUCGCCUUCACCAUCGAACGGUUCCUCGCCAUCUGCCAUCCGAUGAACAUGAACAGCCACGUCAAGCAUAAACUCGCCCGCGCCGCCAAGGUCAUCUUCUCCAUCUGGGUCGUCAGUUUUCUCUCUGCGAUCCCUUGGGGAAUCCUUUUCACCGUGAAUCAUCUGGAGAAUGAAGACGGGGAGCCGAUCCAGGAAAGCGCCCUCUGUAACAUGGACACGAAGGAACCCAAUAAUUCCUGGAUGCUCCUAUUUCUCUGCACGACCAUCUUCUUCUUCGUCAUCCCGAUGAGCUUGAUCCUCAUCCUCUACGGGAGGAUCGGGAUCGUAUUGCACCGGGCCUCCAAGCUCCGCCGCUGCACCAGUGCACCCAACGAUCGCGGCCAGUGCGAGUCUCAACGGGCUCACAUCCAGAGCCGACGGGCCGUCCUCCGGAUGCUCGUUGCCGUGGUGAUAGCGUUCUUCGUGUGCUGGGCUCCCUUCCAUGCUCAACGUCUCAUGUUCUGCUACGUGACCCUCUUCCAUCGCUGGACGGACACCCUUCUCAAGGUCAACGAAUACCUCUUCUCCAUCGCAGGCGUGCUGUAUUACGUGAACGCAACCAUCAACCCAAUCCUGUACAACGUGAUGUCGCACCGAUUCCGAGUGGCGUUCCGGGUGACCCUGUGCCAGCGUUCUGCUUCCUCCCUGAUUCCCUGUUGUGCGAGGGGGAACGGGGAUAAUAGUCAGGGUUCCAUAGAAGAACCCGGCUCGAAUGUCCCGCCUUGGCCGGCCCUCCCCUUGCCUCAAGGAAGCACAUCGCGAUCAUCGGCCGAGAAUCAGAGGCGGGUCGCAGAUGGGGGACUCUCUUGCUUUCGUCGCCGUUCCAAGGCUACAAAGCCCAAGGCUCGGUACGUGUUCGGGCGAGCCAGCAAUAAUCCUGCUGGCGUCACCAUGAGACUCACCACCAUGCAGACAGUGACGAAACAGCGCAAUACCUCUGCUCCUCGGAUCGUCCAGGAUCCCCGUGCUCCUCGACUAGUUCAGGAUCCUCUUGCUCUUCGACUCGUUCGGGGUCCCUCUUCUCUUCGUCGGAUGGAGGAUGAAGGAAAAUGGAAUCUGAAUGGAAUUCGAAGUCGCGAUGCUUUACACGUCACGGAUGCACCCAUUCCUGCCCUCACCUACUAU